CGGCACGGACCCGAGCCGGCCUCGGGCUUUCCGAAGCAAAGCGAAUCAGCACGUGACAUGGGACACGUGAGCAGCUAUUUUUCACGACAAGCCUCUUCUCCCGCCCAACGCUCCCCAAACGAAACCCCAACUCAAAAAUCCCCCCUCACUCGGCCCCUCCCCACCAAAACAAACCCCGCUCCCAAAUCUUCUCCGCGCGCUUCGCCUCCUUCUUCCCCCACUGAGAAGCCGCCUUAUUCCCAAUCCAAACUUCAAUCCCCGCCUCCUUGAGUUCCUUCGGUCGCAAACCCCGCUUCUUCGAUCACCUGGGUUUUAGUUCUUCCGUCCGAUUAGGGCUCCGUCGAACGUCCCCGGUCCCCAAAUGCACCGAUCUCAUGGGUCUUCGAGUUCAAGCGCCCCGGAUAAGAUCUUCGGUGGCGUUCGGUUCGUUCUCUUCGGUUUUGACUCGGUAUCAGAAGCUCAGUAUCGCUCUGAGCUUGUGCGAAGAGGGGGAAUCGAUGUCGGUCGCUAUGAUCGGAGUUGUACUCAUGUGAUCGUGUCUGGUCGCGUCUAUGAGGAUCCUGUAUGCGUUGCUGCCCGGAAUGAUGGGAAAAUACUGGUUACUGAGUUGUGGAUUGAUGUCAGUUUGGACAUUGGAAUGCUUGCUGAUGCUAAAAGGAUAUUAUAUUGCCCUGUAAAAGAUCUGAAUGGAAUUCCUGGCAGUAAGUCACUGCAUAUUUGCUUGACUGGAUAUCAAAGGCAAGAACGUGAUGAUAUCAUGAAAAUGGUCUCCUUGAUGGGGGCAAAGUUCUCUAAGCCUUUGAUAGCAAACCAGGUUACCCAUCUCAUUUGCUACAAAUUUGAGGGUGAGAAAUAUGAGCUUGCUAAGAAAGUGAAUAUCAAACUUGUCAAUCAUAGAUGGCUGGAAGAUUGCUUAAAAGCGUGGGCAAUCUUGCCAAUAGAUAAUUAUACAAAGAGUGGUUGGGAAUUAGAGGUUUUGGAGGCUGAGGCAAAGGAUUCAGAUGAGGAAACUGAAGAUGUUGGUAAAAGGUCAGUGGGGCGUAGUGGUAUGGGAAAAUCUAUCUCUGAUGGUGGAGUUCUUUCUGGGGAUUCUGAUUUGUCUAUUCCAUCGAGGGGAAAGCUCAGCAUUCCAAAAGAUACUUUUAUGACAAUUCACUCAGCUUUUGCUGAUAAUCAUAUCAUGAAUAAUACAUUAUUUACGAGCCCAUGCACAGACAACUUUUCUCGAAACACUUUGUCUGAAUGCAGUCCUGGAAGCAAGGUCCAUCAUCAGAAUGUGGGGGAUGUUGCACAAACUAGCAAUGAUCAUGCCAUAAGAGAUGCUAUGGUUGGUGGGGAACUUUUUAACCAAUCUGAUUCUGGUAGUUUAAAGGAGGCCUAUCCAUUGUCUGCUAGAACUGUAUCAACAUCAAGUAUGGUUGGUGUCAAAUCAGUCCCUUUCUCAAAGAAGUCUCGGAAUAAGUCAGUUUCACCAGAAGAAUCACUUAUGAAAGUUCAUACUUCCCCGAAAGGACUUUAUAAAGAUUUUGAUGUCUUAUCAUCAGAACCAAAAGGAAGUAGAGCAACUGAUAAGCCAGCCAAUAUUCAAGGUUCAAUGGCACAUAUUGGGAUAAAUAACGUGGAAGCAACCAGUAGUGUUUUGCCUCAAAAGAGAAAAGUUUCUGUUUCAGGAGGUGGCUCAAAGUCCCCUAAAUCUUUGAUGCAUUCUUCCCUGCAGCGUAAGUCACCAGAUACAGAAUCUGCACAAGUAGAACCUGUUCUCCUUUCACCUAAAGAAAACAAGUAUCUUGUGCCUAUGGAUGCCAACCACUCUUUGGAAGAUGCAGUGCCUUCAAAUUCAGUAAAUCAACAGACAAUUGUCUCUAGGUCCUUUAGCUGCAAGAGAAAUUCACUCUCAAAUGGGAAGCCUGCUAUGAUCAAAUCUUCAAAUGUCAUUGAGCAUAGCAUUCCUAUUCUAAAGCAGGGUUUAGAUAAGCAGGAAUGCAGAAAAGUUGAUUUAUUCAACAUGGCACAGAUGGCCACAAAUGUAAUUGCUUCUAUGGAUAGCAAGGCACUCCCAAAUAUUCCUGUAGAUGAUGUGCUAAUGCAGGUAGAUGAUUGCGAAAUUAUGAGAAGCACUGCAAACCAGUUUGGUUCCUUGGCUGUUGGCAAACAUACUGAUGAAAUGCUUUGCAAUGAUAAAAGGCCUGAAAUAUCUGUGGGUGGUCCAGUGGAAGCUGAACGCAGCACCCAAUCUUUGAAUGGUGAGACUGCCAGGAUUGAAAUUCAAAAUGUUAUGAUGAAGGAACUUACACAGAACCAUGUAUUGCAGCAAUUUGAGGCUUCCCUAUCUUCUGAUGGCAAGGCCAUGACAACCAGAAAUUUCUUGACCACUGCUAGUGCUGAUGCUUGUAAAGGAAACAAUAUUAAAGUUGCAUCUGGUUCAUACAUUAAGAAGGUUGUUGCCAAGAGGAGUUUGAGUAGCAGCUCAAAGCAUAAUGCAUUGAGCAGUAGGAAAGACAAACAUGUUGACAAUCCAGAUAAAUAUCUCAAGGAAGCUGAAGUCAUUUCAGGUAAAGUAGAGAAGAUGAAGGUACCAGAGGAUAAGAAGGUAAGCAGAAACUUGAGGAAUGGUGUGGUUGAGACAUUUUCUGAUGAAGUUAUGAAGGAAAGGGUGGAAGCUGCAGGAGUUUCUAUCCCCGCAAAUGCCAAAAAGGAUGCAACCAGUGAUCGGAAGGACAUAACAUCAAUGGAUCCAGAAAAGGAGAACAAGCCAGAGGAAGUUUCCCGAUUCAGUUCUAACUGUAGUAACAGUUGCAGCAGUAAAUUGGUCAACAAACAUGAUAAAAAAUUUAUUCAGAAUUCUAAUAAUAGUCAAAAGAUUGAAAUAAGAAAGACCAAAAAAAUUAUAUACUUGGAACCUGCAUGGUUCAUUUUAAGUGGACAACGCAUUCAGAGAAAGCAUUUCCAGGCAGUCAUUAGAAGACUUGGAGGAAAAAUUUGCAGGGAUUCCCACCAUUGGUCCUAUCAAGCGACACACUUUAUUGCUCCAGACCCAGUUCGCAGAACAGAGAAGUUCUUUGCAGCAGCUGCUGCUGGAAGGUGGAUUCUGAAAACAGAUUAUGUAACUGCUAGUUGUGAAGCUGGAAAAUUCUUGGAGGAAGAGCCUUUUGAGUGGUACAGGAAAGGUCUUACAGAAGAUGGUGCGAUCAAUUUAGAAGCUCCUAGGCAAUGGCGACUCUUGAGAGAGCGGACAGGACAUGGUGCCUUCUAUAACAUGAGUAUCAUCAUAUAUGGAGAAUGUAUCGCACCCACUCUGGAUACAUUGAAGCGUGUGGUAAAAGCUGGAGAUGGCACUAUCUUGGCAACCUCUCCACCGUACACUCGCAUCCUCAAGGCUGGUGUUGACUUUGCCAUUGUCAGUCCAAGUAUGCCACGAGUUGAUUCGUGGGUGCAAGAGUUUUUGAGGCAUGAGAUCCCAUGUGUAGCAGCUGAUUACUUAGUAGAAUAUGUUUGUAAACCAGGUUAUUCUCUUGAGAAGCAUGUGCUCUAUAAAACACACAGUUGGGCUGAGAAAUCAUUGGCAAAAUUGUUGAGCUGCUCUGAAGAGAUAAGCGAAGAUGCCAGAUUGUUGUCAGAAGAAAGCAGUGAUGAUCUCAGCUGUGCUGUUUGUGGGUCAGCCGGCAGGGGGGAAGUGAUGCUUAUCUGUGGUGAUGAGGCAGGUGCUGUAGGGUGUGGGAUUGGUACCCAUAUUGACUGUUGUGAUCCUCCACUUGAUUCUGUUCCCGAGGGGGACUGGUACUGCUCUAAAUGCAGCAGCACGCACAAUAAGACCACCCCUAAGCAUGCAAGAUUCAGAUAAUCCUCCAAAUCUUUGUGAGUCUUCUAAAUGUUCACGGUUUGUCUUGUAAGAAUUAAUGCUACAUGCUUUGCAAUGUCGCAGGUACAAUAAAUAUAUCAUUCAAUUUU